UCUUGCUCCCGGACCGCAAGGAUGUGAGGCUGGCGAGCUGGCCAGCGCUCGCAGUACCGGAGGGGUAUCGCUGCAAAGGCGGUUAGCGGGCCGAGGGGAGCCCGAGAACAGAGUUGGGCAACCCCGGAGGAAGAAAUGAGGUAGCGACAGUCCCCGGAGCUGACCAUGCGCGCGCCCCACCCUUGGAGCCUCGCGCUGCCCGGGCCGAGCCAGCCCGGACAGUGAGCCCGUGGAGCCCUAGUCCCAGGCGUCCGGCCAGAGCGAAGAUGCAGUGAGCCACGGCGGGACUGCUGCGCGGGGCCCGCCGCGGCCAGCCGGACCCACCAUCGGACCGCACUUUGGGCAAGCAGCUGAUUUUGGGGCCAGCCCAGCGGAGGGUCUUUUCUCUGCCUCUAGCUUCCCUUGGGGGUGGGGAGCACUGGCCCGUGGGCUCACUCGCUGUUGAGUUUCCGCGGUUCCUGGCUCCCGCCCUGGGAAUUGUGUGUGUGCGUGUGUGAGACGGGGUCCCUUUUCACAUUCGCCGAGGAGUUCCUGCAUAUUCUUGCACCGUCUCGGCUGCUUUUGCUUGGGGUCUCUAUUUAUUUGCAGGCUUGCAUCUGUUGGUUUUUUUACCUAAAGAUAUUUUCCGCUCCACUCUCGUUUGUUUUUUCUCUCAUUUUGCUUGCCUAGGACUCUGCUUUCGUCCUUGCCCAGGCUGGGGUAAAUCGUGUGUGAGCUUUUUAUCCCCCCCACACACACACACACUUUCAGCUGAGUAUUUCCUUCUUUAAAAAAAAAAAAUUCUGUCCUUACCCCCUGCAGUGUUCCGAGCUCUAUAACCCUCCCUCCCGCCCCUACCCCGCUACCACUGGGCCACUCCCAGCAGAGUUUUAUUUUUCGGUCUUGCCCGGGCCGAGCUCGGCCGGGGCGGGUGGCUCAGCGGGGCUCGCACCCUGCGCUCCGCCGCCGCCGCCCAGCUGCGCAGGGGCGCCCUCCGGAGAUGCUGCCGUGGAAGAAGCACAAGUUCGAGCUGCUGGCCGAGGCGCCGCCAAGGCAGGCGUCCAAACCCAAGGGCUACGCGGUAAGCCUGCACUACUCGGCGCUCAGCUCGCUGGCGCGGGCGUGCCCCGAAGGCGCGCUCAGCCGGGUGGGCAGCAUGUUCCGCUCCAAGCGCAAGAAGCUGCACAUCACCAGCGAGGACCCCACUUACACCGUACUCUACCUGGGCAACGCCACCACCAUCCAGGCGCGCGGCGACGGCUGCACCGACUUAGCGGUGGGCAAGAUCUGGAGCAAGAGCGAGGCAGGCCGUCAGGGCACUAAGAUGAAGCUGACUGUGAGUGCGCAGGGCAUCCGCAUGGUACACGCGGAGGAGCGCACGCUGCGCCGUCCGGGCCACCUCUACCUACUGCACCGCGUUACCUACUGCGUGGCAGACGCGCGGCUGCCCAAGGUCUUCGCCUGGGUGUACCGGCACGAGCUCAAGCACAAGGCGGUAAUGCUGCGCUGCCAUGCGGUGCUGGUGUCCAAGCCCGAGAAGGCGCAGGCCAUGGCCCUGCUGCUCUACCAGACGUCGGCCAACGCACUGGCGGAAUUUAAACGGCUCAAGCGGCGGGACGACGCGCGUCACCAGCAGCAGGAGCUGGUGGGCGCACACACCAUCCCACUAGUGCCGCUGCGCAAGCUGCUUCUGCACGGACCCUGCUGCUACAAGCCGCCGGUGGAGCGUAGCCGCAGCGCUCCCAAGCUCGGUUCCAUCACCGAGGACCUGGUCGGCGAACAGCAGGAGCAGGAACUGCAGGACGAAGAGGAAGAGGAAGAAGAGCACACCGAAGGCUGCCUGGAGGAGGAAACGGAUCGUGCAGAGGAGGGGGGCCCGGCAGAGGUAGAGGCCGAGGCGCAGCGGGCGCUGGUGAUGGCCAUGCACUUCGAAUGCGGGGACUUGCUGGACACGCUGGAGAGUGGCCGCGAGGAGGCGCUGGGGGGCGGCGGGGUCUCGCUGGGCCCCGGGGCUGGGCCGUCGCCUUUGCUGCUGGGCAGCUCCUCCGACGUGAAGGCCGAGCUGUCGCAGCUUAUUAACGAUUUAGGCGAGCUCAGCUUCGGCAACGACGUGCGAAGCCUGCAGGCGGACUUGCGUGUGACCCGCCUUUUGUCUGGCGAGAGUACCGGCAGCGAGAGCUCCAUAGAAGGCGGGGGCACGGACGCCACCUCUGCCACCGCCGGGAACCAGGCCGGCCCUGCCGACCGCACCAGCCCAGACGAACAGCACUCGGGCUGAGCUCCCAGCAACCUACUGCGCGCGCCGUGGAGUACCACCGUGAUUCCUCACCAGUCUUCUAGACAACCUCCUUACCCCCCACCCCGCUUGCCCCCGGGGAAGGGGAAAUGGGACACUUGAAGCCCAGAGUUACCCCUGCCCCUCUCCCUCAACACAUUUGGCUCUGUUUUAAGUGGAGCUCGGGUUGCGCGUGGAAAUGCGGUGGGACGUGCGAGAUGGGGAAACCCUACAGGGAUGGAGAGAGGCAGUCCUCUGGGGGUCGCUGGUGAGGGAAAUGCCGGCUGAAGUUAGCAAAGUCCCGCAGGCGUCAGGUGCCUGCAGGCCAGUUUCCUGUUUGUGGGGAGUCUCGGGCCUCAGGAGGAGGGGUUAACUUCCUCCCCCCAUCUCCUAACUGGGACCAGCCUAGCAUUGCCAUUUACUUGUCCAGUAAAAGAGAAAGGAAUUUGCUCGCACCGUGUUUGAAACUUUAAUGCCGCCUCUUUGCCCCCAGUCUUUUGGUGCGAGAGCUUGGGUUGUUUACCUCAGACUCAGACCCUUGAAAUUCUGCCAAAUUCCUCAAAUAAUUGUUUGGGGGUGGGGAAUGAAAGAAAGUUGCAUUUUGUUUACAGUUAAAGACGUCUAACACCUAAAAAAGGAAUUUUCCUUUAGAAACACACCUUCCUCCUGCUCUAAAGAUCUCCAUGAUACUGUGUAAAAUAUUUUUGCACUGUUGUGAAGUAUUUUUGACAUCUUUUUUUUGUACAUAACUGUGUUCUCAGAGCUGGAUGUUUUAUAUCUUUUGCUGUGCAAAAGGGACAUGUAAAAUGUUGUUCAGUUGUAUAUACAGAAAUGUGUAUAAAACAUUUUGUUAUUUUUGAAGAGUAGCACUGCUCGGAUUCUGUUUGCAUCCCAGUGGGGAGAGAAUAAAGAGGAAAAUUGAAAAGAA